CAGACAAGGAUGCUUUCUACAAUAUUCUCUGCAUUAGUGUCUCGCUUGCCAUGCAUUGUGCCAGAUAGUCCACCGACACAGCUUCGCGUCAUAUCCCAAAAGGCGGCCUGCCGCCGGAAUGAAAUUGUAUAUCAAUGCUAUCCCUGCGAACUUUUUGCCAACUGGCACUGCUGCCUUCUACCUCCAUGACAAAGGCGACAAUUCUGCUCCUUUCGCUGUAUCUUGCAUCGUUCAUCCUAUCUAAGGAGAUUUCCGAGCGUGGUGUGCCCUCUGCAGGCUAUUACAACCCGGCCGACAGUGGGGGAUCUAUGCUAACGGUUGUACCUCAGACGCAUCCAGACGGCCAACGGGAGCCGGUGAAUGCUAUUAUAUCGGGAAAUUCCGACCAAGCUGUUCUUGCACAGCAAAGCAUGGACAGAGGUCUAAUGAACUAUUUUCCGGCAGUGGCAAUUAGUGCCACUGGGACUAAUCAACAUACCAGUAACUCACAGCAAGUUGAUUCGGGAGACAGCAAUGAAAAUGAAACAGCUGUGAUGCAGUAUAAUUAUGGUGAUCCUGCCUUGGGGUCUUGCACAGAGUCAUUCAAGAGGGAUGACCACUUUCAGUACUGGGUUCAGAACAGUAGUGAGGCUGACAGUGGUGCUAUUUUCUUGGCUAUAUCUUAUAAAACAUCCUCAAGUGACCAGCACAAUAUCAUUGAAAACAGAUAUAACCUUGGCUGCAACUAUGUGUUAGGCUCAAGCAACACCUCCAAAAUACCUACACUGUCCCUAACUGGUUCUACAUCAUUUUCUGGGUCAUUAUCCUCUCAGGGCUAUACAUACAAGACUGAUAUCAUAUAUGUUAUGGGACUCCUACCAAACACUAGCAUUGGUAUCAACUAUAAUCAAUCUGUGUCCAAUGAUAGUGCAGUGAACACUGCAGAUGGUCUCAUCACAGUUUUCAAUGUUUCUAUUACAGAGAGACCUAGCAGUGCUAGUAACAAAGGCUCUGGUUUGAGGUAUGCUCUUUCUCCUUUGCAAGAUAAAGGCACUAGAACUCAAGUUUGUCAUGCUAGUGACCUCAGGUCUAAAAUAUGA